GAAUAAAUUGCAUAGGCCACUCUAUCAAACCAAACCUUCACAUUUUCAUAACUUUUAAACUUAAUCGCAUUAUCGUCCAAGCCUUUUCCAAAAUCUGAGUAAAUGUUUACAAAAUCAAAUGAAAAAUGAGUCGAAUGAAGAAACAUAAGAUAAAAACUGAAAAGCCUGUGGCAUCUACGUCAGCCAGCCAGGAGAAAGAGCAUGACUUGGCGUACUACAUCCACGACAGAGUAGAGCUGAUGCAUCAAGUGUUUUCGGUUCUAAAGUAUAAGGAUUUGAAGGCCAUGGCGCCGGAGUGUGUACGGCACAUCAGUAUUGACGAUCUGCAAGAGCUCUGCACUGAGGAGCUGCUAGGUAUAAGCUCGAAGCGUCUUUGCGCGGUGCUCGACGGCGCGGCGCCGCCCUCCGACACGGAGUCUUCAAGCCGCUCGCCCUCUCCGCCGCUGGAAACCAUCUCGCUGGACAGCAUCUCAUCAGACGAGGAGAUACUCAGCCAAAGCAGUACGAGGAAAAAGCACAAGCACCGCCGUCGGCGGUCCAAAUCGAAGAAGAAGUCCAAAGAGCCAAGAGAGGAAGACGCGGAGAAGUCCAAAGCUUCCCGUGCCGGUCUCACGGUGCUGGAGCUGCUGGAGCUGCAGGCGCGUGCGAGGGCUAUCAGAGCGCAGCUGCAACAGGAACAGAGCGCUGUGGAGGCGACAGCGCCGACCGGCACUCACCGUGAGAGCCACUCCUCCGACAACGAAGUGGAGAUCAAGGAGGAACAGCCUGACGUGGUGGAGAUCAGCAGCGAGGACGAGAAGCCUGACGUGAAAGAGUUAGAGAAACAGACAGAUUCUCAGCAACCGAGACAAGUGAUCCAGCAAUCGUCCACAGACGGCAAAACGGUCACAAAAAGAAUAAACGACUUAAUAAUAACUGUACCUCAAGCGAAACCUUCUAGAAAGAUCAAGUUAAACAGAACGAAAGUUACUCCUGCUCCUACCCCCACAGCUCCGGUUAGUGAUGAAAAAGAACAGAAAGCUACAGAAGAAAAAAGAAAGAAAAAGAAGAAAGAUAAGAAAAAGAAGGUGGAUAAAGAAGGAAGCGACCACGAUGAGAUCACUUUACAACUGUCAGAUUCGGAGAAGAUGGAUGUGUUAGGUUUAGAACAGAAGAACUUCGAAGCUGCGAGUACGAAGGAUUCUGAUAGCAGUUCUGAUAAUAGCGAAGAAGAGGAUGGUAAGAAAGAUAAGUCGAGUGAUAAAGAUAAAAGGGAUAGGCCUGAAACUGUGACUAGUAAAGAUACUGCGGAAAAAGAUGGCGGUAAAGCUGUAAUAAUUACAGAACAAAACAAACAAACAGUCACGGUUAAUGAAAAAGAUGAUAGUAAUGCAGUAACCAUAAGUGAAGAAAACAUACAAGAUGCUGUAGAAGCAGUUGCUGAAAGUGAGAAAGAAUCUGUUGAAAGGGCUACCGAAGACUCCUUUGCUGGUGAAAACGUCGAAGAAGCAAAUAAAGAUAAACCAAACGAGAAAGUUACAGAAAUUGAAAUAUCACAUGUCGAAGUUAUUCCAUUAAUAGAAGACUCGCAGAACGAUAAAGUUAAAGACAGUGUACAACGCUCGUCUACACAAGAAGACAUAUCAACAGUAUCAACUAAAACACCAGUGGAAAGAGAAAUGUCGGAAGGGGAACUCUCUGACCGCGACAGUUCUGAAGUAGAAGCAUUUGAACCGCCGCCUGAAGUAGUCUGCAUAUCGGAUGAAGAGACUGGCAAAAAGAAGAAGAAAAAGAAAGAAAAGAAAGCUAAAAAAGAAAAGAAAAGCAAAAAGAAGGAUUUUCGUGAUGGCGUAGAUCAAAACUUUUAUACGAGUAAGGAAGUAGUUAAUGAAAUAAAAGAUACAGAAACACCGGCGGCUGUAAUUGACAGUGACGGAGACAAUCGUGUCACAGACGAUGCGUGUGUGAUAUUAGAACUAUCCGAUGAUUCCUCGUGCUACGAAGUGGAAGGCACGGUGCUCUCAAAAGAGCCAACCGCUGAAGAGAUUGAAGCUCUCUCGGCCAAAAUAGACGAGAUUGAGAGAGAGGAAGUGGUAACGGACGAGCAGAUAAGAGACCACGAGAGAAUGUUAAAGGAAAAAGAGAAAAAUGAAGAAAUAGAAAAUGUAUCAUGGAAGGAUAGGUAUUUGGACAGUAGGAAGGUAAAAAGAGUGCUCUCUACCUCCAACAUACUAAAUGCUAUAAGAAAAAAGAAUAAAGAGUUAAAAAAGAAGUUACAAGAGUCGAAGGUGAAAGAGAGAGAUGAUAAUGAUAAGGCUAUAGUUGCGGAGAAGUUGGAAGAAGGAUCUAUAGAACAUUACAAUACUUUACAAGGAUCUACGAAGUUCGUAGAUCCAGUGAAAGAGGCAGAAGAUUCGGAGAAGAGUGGAGAAGAAAAAGUGACGAGGGAAAUUAGAAAAGACGCGAAACAAUUAUUAAAAAUGUACAAAAAGUUGAUGAAAUACAAUGAUAUGAAUAGACAGAGAGAUCCAAAUAAGAAGAAGAAGAAGAAAAAGAAAUCUAAAAGUAAAAAUGGAGAAGAAGCUACAUCUGGAUAAUAUAUUUAUGAUUUAAAUAUUAAUGUAUUAUAAAGAAUAAUAUGAAUUAAAAAUUCAACUCUU